AUGGCUGCUUUAACAACAUUAAUUCAAAUAUGGCUAACAUUGCUCUCCAUUGGUAUCCUUGGCCAAUCGGACUGUCGGCAGUUGUCACUGCUAGCGAACAUGACUGUAGUGGAGAAAAUUGCUUUUGAAUCGUUAGGCCGACAAAUGUGUAUUGGCAAGUAUAUCGAUUAUCAGUAUUUUAACGCAAGAUGUAUUCAAAACGAUCCAUCACCUGGCCUAUAUCAAAAAUGUCGAGAAGGUUGUCUUAUACCUAUACUCAAUAUUAACUUUUGGAACACGAAAUAUCAAUGCAGAAGUUUAUGCUUUGCUAGAGCAAAGGAUUUUACUCUAGCGACGUGCAUGCUAGCUUGCAAUUCCUUAGAUGUAAUGCGAGACCAUCUAAGUGACUACUUGAAAUUGCGCUUUAAGCCGUACUUACUACCUGAGAUUGCUACUAAAUACAACAGAUCCCUAGCAUCAAUCAACUUUGAACAUCUUCCAAUUAAGAAACCUGCUCCACAUGAUAAAGGGCCUACUCUCCUACCCGCAACAGAAUUGAAGGCGAAAGAAGAGAUUAUGAAACGCAUUGUAGAUCCUGAUUCAUCCAUUACCAUUCCAAAAAUGUGCAUUAAUCAAGCGCAAAUUAAUUUAGCCAAGCAAGUGCAAGCACCAAAGGAUUAUUUUGGUUACACAUUAACGUGGGGAUUUCAGGGAGGCGAUGAUAAUUGCAAAAUUUUAAAACGGACAACCACAGCAUUUACAAUUGUAUUUGAUAAAGAAGUGCCGUCAUUGUGCCCUCCGAUCCAUGUUACAAUUACAACCUACCCAGCAAAACCAAGAUCAUAUAUUAGUGAAAAUGUCUAUUUCAAUCGAGAUAUAAUGAAACAUCUCCCUAAUUGCCAUGCUAUAAUAAAGGAAGUACCUACAUCUAACAACAUGGUUAUCAAGACAGCAGGUACCACCCACUAUCCUGGAUUUACAAAUGGUAAUUGA